AUGGGUGCCUAUUUAUCAGAACCUGUUACCGAAAAAAUAUCCAGCGAUGAGACAAAUGACAAACUAGAAUGCGGUGCAAGCUCCAUGCAGGGAUGGCGUGUCAACCAAGAGGAUUCACACAAUACAAUCUUGGACUAUGAUGUCAAUACAUCUUUUUUUGCUGUAUAUGAUGGUCACGGAGGAGCAGAGGUGGCUACAUAUUGUUCACAAAAUUUGCCAGACUAUAUUAAAAAGUCAGAAGCAUAUAAAAGAGGUGAUCUAGUUAAUGCUUUAACAGAAGCCUUUUUGGGGUUUGAUGCCACAAUAGCAACUAAAGAAGUUAUGGACAUUCUGAAAGAACUAGCAGGUGAAAUAAAUCCUCCGGGUCCAAGUGAUAAUGAAGAGUCUGAAGAUGAAAAUGUUAGUAAUUUAUAUCAAGAAGCACACCUACCUUUACAGGAGGUUUUAGCUAAAUAUGAAAAUAAAUUAAGCACACUUCAUAGAGCAAGACUUGGUGACACAGCAACCCCUUUGUCGCCUUGUUUGAGAGCUAAAAAGAACACAGAUGAAACUGGUGCAUCUUCAGCAGCAUCCAGUUCCAGUUCAGGAGUGACACUUGCAGAAGGUUCAAGCUCUGAGCAAGUAUGUGAUGCUGCAUCUUCUAGCAAAAAUGGCUUAUCUGCAUCAGAUAAUAAAGAAAAAGAAGUAAAAACUGAAGAGGAUACUGGAGGAGUGUCUUCUACAAAUUCAAAUGAAGAAGACAAAGACUUAAAUGGCGAGGUUUCAACCAGUGAGCCAGAUAAAACAGUUAAAGAAAAUGUCAAAAUGGAUGUUGACAAAUCAAACUUAACAGCACCAGACAGUUCAGGGGAUAAUUGUCGCCUACCAGAACAAAGUGGAGAUGUCAAAAGUACUACAAAUGCUGGUAAUGGUGUUGCCACUGAAACUUGUAAUGGAGAGGUGACAGAUUCUAAGCAAAUUGAUGGAGAGGACAGUAAAAUAACUUCAUCAAAUGGUUCAGUGACUCCUGUGCAGUCUGGAAAAGCAAAAGUAUCAAGUUCAGAAAAAUUAACUCCAGAAAGGCCGAAAAAGUCCAAAAUUCGUAGAGCGGCUGCAGCCGUGUAUGAAUCACUUUUGCGUCAAGCAGCAGAGGAGGAUGAUGAUGAAAGCGACUCCAAUGACGAAACUUUCGAAGGUGGCGAAGUUGAGUCUUCUGAUGAAGAAAAUGUUAAUGGGAUUGAAGAUUCUUCUAAUGAGGAAGAGGAAGGAGAAGAUGAGGAUGAAGAAGACUAUGAAGGAGAAUCGAGUGAUGAGGAAGGUGAAGAAGACAUAAGUAUGACUGAGGAACCUGGAAAUGACAGUGGUUGCACAGCAAUUGUUGCACUACUAAAAGGAAAUGAACUAUAUGUGGCUAAUGCAGGAGAUUCUCGCUGCAUUAUUUGUAGAGAAGGUAAAGCAAUAGAUAUGUCAAUAGAUCAUAAACCAGAGGAUGCGCCAGAACAUGAGAGAAUUACAAAAGCUGGUGGGAAAGUUUCAUACGAUGGCCGAAUUAAUGGAGGUCUGAACUUAUCUCGCGCUAUUGGAGAUCAUUCAUACAAACAGCACAAAGAAUUGGAUGCUAAAGAACAAAUGGUCACAGCUCUGCCUGAUGUCAAAACUCUGACCAUAGAUCCAACUAAGGACCAGUUCAUGGUGUUGGCAUGUGAUGGAAUAUGGAAUUUUAUGUCAAGUCAAGAUGUCUGCGACUUUAUAUUACCAAGACUAGCAGAAGGACGCGAAAGGUUAUCACAGAUUUGUGAAGAGAUGUUUGAUCAUUGCCUAGCACCAACAACAAUGGGCGACGGAACUGGCUGCGACAAUAUGACCGCUAUUAUAGUGCGGUUUAAGAAUGGUGUGAUUUCAGACGUCGGACAGCAUUCUAGUAAUAUCGAGGUGUCGAAAAAGCGCACUGCGGAAGAAGAACCUUGUGUGGACAAUCAACAGGACACAAAAAGGCAAAAGCUUGAUGAUUCACUUUCAAGUUCAGUGGUGACUUCAAGUGUUUAG